ACAAGGUAGUAGGAGGGUAGAUAGGAAGUCCAAUUGAGUCAAAAAUGAACUUUGUAAUGUGAUUCGAGUACAACCACAACUGCACAAGUUGUUGAUCCACAACAAUCACUUUAAUUAGAUCCCAUUAGGUGAUCUCUUUUCGUUAACUUCAAAAAUACUUCAAUUUGUCCAUCAUCCUUGAUUAACCCCCUCCACCCCCACCUCACCCCACCCCACCCCCUCAACCCGCCCGACACCCCGCGCUUGUCAUCAUAUUUUUUUUUUCACCCCUUCUAGAUUUACCCCCAAAAGAUCUAAUGCCCUGACGACUUUUCUCCUUCAUUGUUAUACAUUAGUCGUUUCUGGACUUGACUCUUUGACUCUUCUAUGAUAUUUUGGCCUAAAUCUUUCUCCAAAAUUCCACUUUUCAUAUUAUUCUACCUGGGUUAGGAUUUUCAUUUGGUCUUGAUCAAUCUCGACCUGUUAUUUGCCUUUGAAAUUGGUCAAAUAACCCCUAUUUGUUGAAUUUUACUACUGUGGGGGUUUGUAAUCCUCUUCUUGGGUAUGCUACAAUCCAACUUUGAAGACCAUAUUGAAGAUUCUUGAUUCUCCUUUUGAUCCGUAAGCUACUGUUUUUCAAGUCAGUUAUUUGACAAUAACUGUUAAGGUUUUGACAAGUUGGAUUCUUUUCUUGUUCUAGAUAGAGUUGUUGUGUUAUAGCAAUAGUUCAGUUAUUAUGGCUUCAUGUAAAAAAGGAAGAAUGAAAGAUUCAGCUUUUAGGCGUUUAGUAUCUUUAGUAUUGAUAACUGUAUUAGGAGUAAUUUUGCUGUUAGUGCUUCUUAGGACCAAUACAAUUUCUAGUUUGAUUAAUAGUGACACUUAUGAAGGUACUGAAAAUAUUGAAAUCAUUGAUGCAAUAAUUCCAAAACUCCUCUCGCAAAAUGAGUUGUCAGUUAGCUUGCACAAGAAAAAUCAGAUACCUCCAAGGAACUUGGAUUUGUUUCCAAAGUUGGCGAAAGAUCGUGUAGUUAUUGUUUUGUAUGUUCAUAACCGGCCCCAGUAUCUUCAAAUCGUGAUCGAUAGCCUUUCUCGUGUGGAAGGAAUUAGUGAGACUUUGCUGAUUGUUAGUCAUGAUGGAUAUUUCGAAGAGAUGAACAAGAUUGUGGAAGGGAUCAAGUUCUGCCAAGUGAAACAAAUAUUUGCUCCAUACUCGCCUCACAUCUUUUCCGAUAGGUUUCCGGGUGCAUCUCUUUCAGAUUGCAAAGACAAAGAUGAUCCAGUUGAGAAACGUUGUGAGGGAACUCCUGAUCAGUAUGGAAACCACCGGUCACCGAAAAUUGUCUCGUUGAAGCAUCAUUGGUGGUGGAUGAUGAAUACUGUGUGGAAUGGGCUAGGGGAGACUCGUCACCAUGCAGGUCAUAUUCUCUUUAUAGAAGAAGACCAUUUCAUUUAUCCCAAUGCAUAUCGCAAUAUACAGUUACUUGCUGAGUUAAAGUCAAAAAAGUGCCCUGACUGUUAUGCUGCCAAUCUAGCGCCAUCUGAAGUGAAGUCGAGGGGAGAACGAUGGGAAUCUUUAGUUGCAGAAAGGAUGGGCAAUGUGGGUUAUGCAUUUAACCGGACAGUUUGGAGGAAAAUUCAUAAUAAGGCAGCAGGAUUUUGCUCUUUUGAUGAUUACAAUUGGGAUAUAACAAUGUGGUCGACAGUUUAUCCUUCAUUUGGUUCUCCAGUGUACACAUUACGAGGGUCUAGAACCAGUGCUGUUCAUUUUGGAAAAUGUGGUUUGCAUCAAGGUCAUAAACGUAAUCUAGCUUGUAUGGACAAUGGCAGUGUGAAUAUUGCCGUUGAUGAAAUUGAUAAAGUCGCAAAUAUCAAACCAGACUGGGAUGUUCAGAAAUAUGAGAACCAGGCAGGAUAUCAGGCUGGUUUCAAGGGCUGGGGAGGCUGGGGAGAUGUACGGGAUCACGAAUUGUGUAUGGAGUUUGCUAAAAUGUAUGUCUGAGGGUGGUCCUCCCCUUUUUGAAUAGUUGCACUGUGAGCCUCACAAUCAUACUACUUUUAAGGUUUGGAUCUUUUGGUUCCAUGGAAAUCACUCUUAGGUGUAACACGUGUGUAAAGUUGUAGGAAUGAUGUUAUGUUUACAUUCACAGGCCAACUAUUAUUGAAUGCACACUAAAUUUUGUUUUACAUCCCCUUUCUGAAAAGUGGCACUCUGAGCUUCACAAUCAUACUGCUUUUAAGUUUUGAA